AUGAAGGCCCGGGGUGUAUCAACAAAUUUCAUCGACCCGCACGGGUGGUCGAAGCUCGUAGCUGAGUAUGUGAGGAUGUUCCCAGACCGCAAGGACGCGCUCAGGUGGAUCCCGAACGCUACUCCGCUCGAGCCCGGAAAGUUCCCCAUCGGCUACACGACGCUCUUCGAGAUGGAGCGGCCCAAGCUGACGGCGACGGACGUCAAUGAGCUCGUGGCGCGCAAGUACCUCGUCCAGAUCCAGCAGUUGAACCCGAAGACUCGUACUGCCCUGGUGUGGAAGCGGUACGAGAACUACAAGAAGGCCAAGACCGUCGAGGAGAUGUUGAAAUUCGGGGCGAGCAAGGACGACAUCAUCGACGACGUCAAGGGGAGCUUCGUCAAGCUGGUCAAGCCGCCCUAG